AUUGCUGGCCAGCUCUCCUACUGUAGGUGGAGCUGUCUGUCCUGGAGUUGUGGGGAAGGUCUUCCUGUUGUGCUGGUUAUCUUUUGCUCUCUGUCUCUGGUUCCUGGUUAGUAACAGCCGUGCUCCGGUACAGCAGGAUUACUGCCUUACGAAGACUUUUGUCAUCUGGUACUGCAUACCGACCACCUCCUCGUUACGCGGGGGGGGGGGGUUCCUUUGAUGUCCUUUAAUAUGUUUUCAUGAUUUUGGUCAGAAGUUUUCCCCUCAACCGAAAUGUCUCUGCAGUGCAAAGCGGAACGAAAUCCACCGAUAGCUGAUCAGCUUCCCUGGAUUUCGCUGACGACAUCGCUUUGUUGCGUGUGAAGAUGGAAACACUGGAGUCGGAGCUGACCUGCCCAAUCUGUCUGGAGCUCUUCGAAGACCCCUUGCUCUUGCCCUGCGCUCACAGCCUGUGUUUCAACUGUGCCCACCGCAUCCUGAUCUCCCACUGCAGCCCCAACGAGCCUGUGCAGUCCAUCAGCGCCUUCCAGUGCCCAACCUGUCGCUAUGCCAUCACCCUCAACCAGAGGGGCCUAGAGGGACUGAAGCGUAACGUCACUUUGCAGAACAUCAUCGACCGCUUCCAGAAGGCUUCCGUGAGCGGGCCCAACUCCCCCAGCGAGACUCGCCGUGAGCGGGUCGCCCCGGACGGCACGGCCAUGACCUCCCCCAGCGAGAGGGUGCAGUGUCAGUUCUGUGAGCAAGACCCUCCCCAGGACGCCGUCAAGACCUGUGUCACCUGUGAGGUGUCCUACUGUGACGAAUGCCUGAAGGCCACCCACCCCAAUAAGAAGCCCUUUACCAGCCACCGUCUGAUCGAGCCCAUGCCUGACUGCCACAUCAGGGGACUCAUGUGUCUGGAGCACGAGGACGAGAAGGUGAACAUGUACUGUGUCACAGAUGAACAGUUGAUCUGUGCCUUGUGCAAACUGGUCGGUCGGCAUCGGGACCACCAAGUAGCCGCCCUCAGCGACCGCUAUGAGAAACUCAAGAGAACUCCAGACUGCUAUCUCAGUGAGAGGAGCGAACAGGAGGAAGCAGACCAGGAGAUAUCUACGCAAACCUUGGACUCCAACCUCAGCAAUCUGAUUAAGAGGAACAAUGAGUUGGAAACUCUGAUGGGCAAGUUGAUCCAGAUCUGCCAACAUGUGGAGGGGAAUGCAUCCAGACAAGAGAACAAGCUCCUGGAAGAGUGUGACCUCCUGAUGGACGUGGUACAGCAGAGAAGACAGAUCAUAGCCACCAAGAUAAACGAGGGCAAGGCUAUCCGUCUGCGAAAGCUAGCCCAGCAGAUCGCCACCUGCAAGCAGAUCAUCGAGAGAUCGUCAUCCCUCAUCACUCAGGCAGAUCACACCCUGAGGGAGGGAGACCACGCCCGCUUCCUGCAGACAGCAAAAAGCAUCUGCGAGAGAGUGUCCAUGGCGACAGCAUCCUCUCAGAUCCUGAUACCAGAGAUCAACCUGAAUGACACCUUUGAUACGUUUGCGUUGGACUUUACAAGAGAAAAGAAAAUGCUGGAAGGCUUGGAUUACCUCACAGCACCAAAUCCCCCAAUAAUCCGGGAGGAAUUAUGUACAGCAUCGUAUGACACCAUCACUGCUCACUGGACAUCAGAUGACGAGUUCUGUGUGGUCUCCUAUGAGCUGCAGUAUGCCAUCUUCACUGGACAAGCCAAUGUCGUCAGUUUGUGUAACUCAGCUGACAGUUGGAUGAUUGUGCCCAACAUCAAGCAGAACCACUACACAGUGCAUGGACUCCAGUGUGGCACCAAGUACAUCUUUAUGGUCAAAGCUAUCAACCAGGCAGGGAGUCGCAGCAGUGUACCUGGGAAGCUCAAGACCAACAGUCAGCCGUUCAAGUUGGACCCAAAGUCUGCUCACAAGAAGCUGAAGGUCUCCCACGACAACCUGACGGUGGAGCGAGACGAGACGUCGUCCAAGAAGAGCCACAAUCAGGACCGCUUCACCAGCCAGGGCAGCUACGGCGUCACUGGGAAUGUGUACAUCGAUAGCGGGCGCCACUACUGGGAGGCCUUGAUAGGAGGGAGCACAUGGUUUGCUGUGGGUGUUGCUUACAAGUCAGCACCGAAACACGAGUGGAUCGGCAAGAACUCGGCCUCGUGGGUAUUAUCUCGAUGCAACAACUCCUGGGUAGUACGUCACAACAGCAAGGAGAUGCCCAUCGAGCCGUCCCCCCACCUGCGUCGCGUGGGGGUGUUGUUGGACUACGACGCCGGUUCCCUGGCCUUCUACGAUGGCGCCGGCUCACAGCACCUGUACACGUUCGACAUCACCUUCGCUCAGCCAGUGUGUCCUGUGUUCAACGUGUGGAACAAGUGUCUGACUGUUCUCACGGGGCUGCCCAUCCCAGACCACCUCGAGGGGACAGACUGCCGGGAUUAACAGACCAGCUAAUGCAACACAAAGGGAGUAAAAACAGACCCACUUCAGCCUCACCUGGCUGCCUUUGUGUCACACCAUCCAUGCUGUAUAAAGCAGAACAAAGCCAUGGUGCCAGAUCAGUCUCCAAUCAUUCUCUUAUAGAAGCAAAUACAUUGUUUUUAAAAAAUUAUUUAUGGAAACCAUUUAUUGGGUUAAAAAAAAAUAUUGUAGAUUUUAUUUCUUGCUUUAACACAUUAAUAUUCACUGCUAUAUUUAUGCUUGUUGGUUUUGGGAUGCGCUUAGAGAGGAAGGUUUUGGGAUGCGCUUAGAGAGGAAGGUUUUGGGAUGCGCUUUUUGGGAGAGAGGAAGGUUUUGGAUGCGCUUAGAGAGGAAGGUUUUGGGAUGCGCUUAGAGAGGAAAGUUUUGGGAUGCGCUUAGAGAGGAAGGUUUUGGAUGCGCUUAGAGAGGAAGGUUUUGGGAUGCGCUUAGAGAGGAAGGUUUUGGGAUGCGCUUAGAGAGGAAGGUUUUGGGAUGCGCUUAGAGAGGAAGGUGGGGAUAACAUUUUCAAAUUCAGUCAUAAUUACUGUAUUUCUAAGCAGGCAGUGGUUAGAGCGUUGGGCCAGUAACCAAAAGGUUGCUAGUUCGAAUCCCUGAGCUGACAAGGUAAUACGUCUUCCUGUUGUUCUGCCUCUGAACAAGGCAGUUAAUCCGCUGUUCCCCGGGCAGGCCGUCAUUGCCUAGUUAAAUAAAACAAAAUGAAAAGCCCUGAGAUGAGUUUAUUUCAUACAGUAUUACACAUACAGUAGAUUGUUGACCUUUGUCCAUGUAUCAGUCGUUAGCAGCAUGUUGCUAAAUUUUUACGUGUAACCCUGUUUAUCUUGACAUGUCAUCAUGACAUCCGUUCCUCUGAUCACAGAGCAGUUAUAACAGGAGUAUUCAUCUACAAUCUUCUGUUUCAUACAAGAACCUCUCCAUGAUUUUUCUUAUGUAUUAGGAUGAUGUUUGUGAAAAUAAACAUGUUAAGAGUUAUUUUUAAUAGUUAAUCUGCCACUUUUACAAUUCUAAAAUCACAGCACUUCUAAUGCACUGACAACUUGACUAUAAUUGACAAACUCACAAAGACACAAUUCUUCAUCUGUUUGUCAAAAAAGAAGCACUGCGAUGUUAAAAACGUUGAUUCAUGUUGAAAAUGUACACUUCUAAAGAAAAGCCAUUUUAAGUGACAUUUCAAUACAGAAAUAAUGUCUUAAUUGUAAUUAGAAACAACAUGUGCAAUCUCUGUAAAUACCUUACUGUUUUCUUCUCACCUAUUGGCUCGGUAUGUUCAUAUGCCGGUACAUUUCGUAUUUGAGCAAUUUGACUUUUUUUGAUGCAUCAUUAUUGUCACACAUUCCUUGUUAAAAAAUGUAAUAAAAUUACAUAAAUAAAGUGUGAAUUGUAA